AUGGUGGGGAUUCUGGGAAACUCCUCUUUCCUUUGUCUUUAUAACUUCCUCUCAUUCAGAGGACACAAGUUGAGAUCCACAGAUUUGAUUCUCAACCAGCUUGCCUCAGCCAACAACCUGGUCCUUUUCUCCAAAGGGAUAACUCAAACAAUGGCAGAUUUUGAUAUAAAAUACUUCCUGGAUGAUGUUGGGUGUAAAUGUGUCUUUUAUUUCCACAGAGUAGGCACAGGGGCUUCCAUCAGUAUCAUCUGUCUCCUCAAUGGCUUCCAGCUCAUUAAGCUGAACCCCAGUCUUUGCAGGUGGAUGGUGCUCAAGAUUAGAUCCCCAAAGUUCAUUGCUUUUGGCUGUCUCCUCUGCUGGAUCCUUCGCCUCUUUGCAAAUACAUGUAUUUUCAUCAUGGUGAGUGGUCCAUUAAUCAACCAAAACAUUGGUGUAGAAAACAAUUAUGGACACUGUCAAUGGACAAUUUCAAAGAGAUUUAUCUUAUUAUAUAUAAUAUAUUUUUCACCUCACUUUUUGAGCUUGGGUUUCAUGGUCUGGGCCAAUGGCUCCAUGGUCUUCAUCCUGCACAGACACAAGCAGCGAGUGCAACGCAUUCACAGCAACAGACUUUCCCCCAGACCUUCCCACGCAGCCACAGCCACAUACACCAUCCUGAUUAUGGUGAGUUUCUUUGUCACCUAUUCAGCCUGUACCAUUUUGACUCUUUGGAUGACUCUAUUUUCCAGUCUGGGCCAGUGGAUGGUGAACAGCUCUGUGUGUGUGGCAUCAUGUUUUCCAGCAUCCAGUCCCUUUGUGAUCAUAGUGUGUGAUACCCGAGUCUCCAAGUUUUGCUUUGGCCACAAGGUCAAGUGUAAAUUAUUUUUCUAA